AUGGCCAACGAUGAGUCAACAAAGAAGACCUACUACAAGAAAGCUACGGGCAAAGCACUCGAGACUGUGGAGAAGCAUUCAAGUGACCAUGAACUCAAACUCUUCGGGAGCUGCUUCUGCCCCUUCGUUCAGAGAGUGUGGAUCUCUCUUGAGCUGAAGCAGCUCGAUUAUCAGUACAUUGAGACAGACGCUCAGCGUAUCUUUGGCCAUAACCCUUUCCCUCUACCCGUGCCCUACAACGAUAUCACAUUAGCGGCGCAGAACAGGUCCACCGUACUCACCAUCACACAGGUCGAUCCCUACGAAAAGCCACAACAGUUGCUCGAAGUCAACCCUCGAGGUCUAGUCCCAGCCCUUCGACAUGGCGACUGGGGCUGCUACGAGUCCACUGUACUGAUGGAAUAUCUCGAAGACCUGCAGAAGGGUGAGGCACUGUUGCCCAGCGAUCCAAAGUUGAAAGCGCAUUCUCGCUUGUGGUCCGAUCAUAUCAACCGCAACAUCGUCCCCGGCUUCUAUCGGUACUUGCAAGCUCAAGAUGAGAAGCCCCAGAUCGAGUAUGCAGAAGAGUUCAAGGAGCAGAUUUCGAAGCUUGUUGAUGCGGCCGAUGACUCUGGUCCUUUCUUUCUAGGAGAAAAGCCGACUUUCGUCGAUGUUCAGAUGGCGCCAUGGGUUAUUCGUCUUCGUACUGUCCUUCAGCCAUACAGGGGCUGGCCCAAGCCCGAGGGAGGCUCAAGAUGGGCAAGAUGGGUCGAAGCCAUAGAGCAAAACCAUGCUGUGAGAGCCACAACAAGCACCGACGAAUUAUACCACUCUAGCUACGAGCGAUACGCCGAGAAUCGACCAAACACAUCUCAGGUACAACAGGCCGUCAACUCCGGCCGCGGGCUUCCCUGA